UUAGGUUCGCUCGUCUUUCUCCAAUCACAAGAACAACUUUCCAAGCUAUAACUUUGGUUAAUCUAAGAGGAUUAUGUCAUCGAACCAAGAAAAUGUCAAGGAAGAGAAACUCCAUGUCAAAAUGAAGACGCAUGAAUUGGAUCCAAAAGAGAAGGGAGAAAAUGUUGAGUUGGAAAUGGAAGUGAAAGCAAAGUCAGUUGAGAAGGUUAAAACAAAGAAAGAUGAAGAGAGUGGAGAGAAAUCCAAGAAGGAAAAAGAAAAGACAAAGGGCAAGAAAGAUGACAAACCUGACAAGGAGAAAGAUGGAAAAGUUGUCUCCAAGAAACAUGAAGAAGGCCAUGGAGAUCUAGAGGUUAAAGACAGCGAUGAGAAAGUGGAAGAGCAUGAGAAGGAAGACAAGAAGGGCAAAGAGAAGAAACAAGAGGAGUUAGAAGAAGAAAAGGAAGGUAAAAAGAAGAAGAAAAAAGAGAAGGAUGAAUCAGGUCCAGAGGGAAAAAAUAAGAAGGCAGAUAAAGAGAAGAAACAUGAGGAUGUAUCACAAAAAAAGGAGGAGUUAGAAGAGGAAGCUGGUAAAAAGGACAAGAAGAAAGAGAAGGAUGAAUCAAGUACAGGGGAGAAAAACAAGAAACCAGAAAAAGAAAAGAAACAAAAAGAAGAAUCCAAGGGUAAGGAAGACAAGAAGCUGAAGGGGAAGAAGGAAAAGGGAGAGAAGGAUGAGCCUGAGAAAGAAGAUAAAGAAAAGAAGAAUGAUGCAAUGGAUCAAGAGAUGAAAGAAAAAGAUGGUAAGAAGAACAAGAAGAAAGAGAAAGAUGAAUCAGGUACAGAGGAAAAAAAGAAGAAGCAAGAGAAAGAGAACAAACAGAAAGACGAAUCCAAGGAUAAAGAAGACAAGAAGCUGAAGGGGAAGAAGGAUGAGCCUGAGAAAGAAGAUGAAGAAAAGAAGAAAGAACAUGAUGCAACAGAUCAUGAGAUGAAAGAAGAAGAAGCAGAACAUAAGGAGGGAAAGAAAAAGAAGAAUAAAGAUAAGGCGAAGAAGAAGGAAACCGAUGAGAUAUGUAAGAAAGAAACAAAAGAUAAAGAUGAGGAUGAAGGAGAAACCAAGCAGAAAAAGAAUAAGAAAAAGGAGAAGAAGAACGAAAAGGGCGAAAAAGAUGAAAAAGAAGACAAGAAGAAGGAGAAACCCCUUGAAACUGAAGUGAUGUCAAGAGAUAUAAAAUUAGAAGAACCAGAAGCUGAGAAGAAGGAAGAAGAGGAUAAAGAAGAGAAGAAGAAAUCUAAAGGAGAAGGCGGUGAGAGUGAAGAGGGGAAGAAAAAGAAGAAGAAAGAUAAAAAGAAGAACAAGAAGAAAGAUACAAAGGAAACGAAAACGACCGUGGACGAAGAAGAGAAGAAAGAUCAUACUAAGGACAUCAAAAUAGAAGGGUCAAAAACUGAAGAUGGUGAAGAAGAAAAGGGGAAAAAAGCAAAAACUAAGGAAGAAAAGAAAGACAAAGAUGUGAAGAAGAAGAAGGGUGGUAAUGACAUCGGUAAGCUGAAAACGAAGUUGGCGAAGAUCGAUGAAAAAAUAGGAGCCUUAAUGGAGGAGAAGGCUGAAAUCGAGAAUCAGAUUAAAGACGCAGAGGGAGAGCAAUGAUGUGAAGAUAUGGGAGCAGCGUAAUGUUAUGUAACUGAACUUAAUAAUAUGAACUUAGCGAC